AUGACAGAACCUCAAGAGUGUCCAGAAUGUGGGAAAAGAAUCAGUCUUGGAAAUAUGAAGAGACACAUGAUGGUGCAUACAGAGGAUAAGCCUCAUGAGUGUCUAGAGUGUGGGAAAAGAUUCAGAAGGCUUGGACAAGUACAGGAGCACAUGGGUGUGCAUACAGCAGAUAGACUUCAUGAGUGUCCAGAGUGUGGGAAAAGAUUCAACCGUCAUAGAAAUAUGAAGAGUCACAUGAUGGUACAUACAGAGGAUAAGCCUCAUGAGUGUCCAGAGUGUGGGAAAAGAUUCAGAUGGCUUGGACUAGUGAAGGUGCACAUGGUUGUUCAUACAAAAGAUAAACAUCAUGAGUGUCCAGAGUGUGGGAAGAGAUUCCGUAAAGCUGGAAGUAUGAAGGUUCACAGGAUGGGACACACUGGCCAGAAACCUUUUGAAUGUGCAGAGUGUGGGGAAAGGUUCAGAAGACGUUGUGAAAUAAUUGGUCACUUGUUAAAGCAUACAGGUGAUUAUCCUUACAAGUGUCCUGUGUGUAGAAAAGGAUUUCAGGUACCCAGUCAGAUGAAAAGUCACUUCAUAUCAGUGCAUACAGGUGAUCAUCCUCACAAGUGUCCUGUGUGUGGAAAAGGAUUUAAGCAUCAUAGUAAAAUGAGAAGUCACUUCAUAUCAUUACAUCCAAGUGAUCAUCCUCACAUGUGUCCUGUGUGUGGAAAAGGAUUUAAGCAUCAUAGUAAAAUGAGAAAUCACUUUAUAUCCUUACAUCCAGGUGAUAAACCUGAAUUGGCUUAG